AUGGCUGAUUCAACCGACAACUCUGCUGAAACUAGUCAAAGUAAUAAAAAAAGUGUUAGAGGUCCCACUAUGUUGAAAGCAAUUGAAAACGUUCGUAAAACGGGUAUAAAGAUCCCUCUCCAGUUUGAUCUAGAAACUGGAGAGUGUUAUGGUAACAAUGCCUCCCAUUUUAAGAGUUACGUAGCACUUCUUACUCGAGAAAGAUGCAGUAUUGCGAAAGCGUUGUGGAAACAUAUACCUGAAGGAGUAAAGAAUGCUAUGUGGACAGAUAUUAAGGCUAUUUUUGUUAUACCUGAGUUUGAUGAUGCAAAAAAGAGUGAUCAUUUUAAGAAAAUAUGGUUUCACUAUGCGGGGGAGCGAUGGAAAGAUUUUAAAUCACGGUUGACUAGAACUUAUAUCACAGACCCCAAACCAGAUGACGUUCCUCCAUACGUCAAGUAUCCUUACAUCAAAAAAGAUAUAUGGGAAGAGUUUGUGAAGUAUCGACAGACCUCUGAUUUUAAGGAAAAAAGUCAAAAGGGUAGGGAGAAUCAUGCAAAGAAUGUUUACCCACAUGUAUUAUCCCGUGGCGGGUAUAAGAGGCUCGAGGAGCAGAUGAUCAAUGAAAAGAGACAAUCCUUAUCGAAAGAUAGUUCUGGCUUAACUGAUGAUGAUCGUCAUCCAUCUCCACCGGAACGCUAUGAGACAUGGACGAGAGCACGACAAAAGAAAGGGGGAGAAUUCACAUCUGAGCCUGUAAAAAAAGUUGCUGAGAAAAUUGAGAAAAUUGUUGAAGACUCAAAAAAGGGUGACUUUGUUCCAACGGGACGUCACGAUGUCCUAACAGAAGCCAUUGGAACACCUGAGCAUGGUGGUAGUGUUCGUGGUGUUGGAAAAAAACAUAACAUUACCACUUACUGGGGAAGAUCAAAGGUUUCACGUCAAAGACAAGGUAUAGAUGUCAAAGAGCAACUAGCAGCAUUUAAAGCAGAUUUGGAAGCUAAGUUUGAGGAAAAGUUGGCGCAAGAGCGUAAGAUGAUGCAAGAUUCUCUUAUGGAGACACUAAAGUCCAUGGGUUUAUCCCAAACCUCUGAUACAAAUAAUAGAGUCAUGGUACCUGAAGCUUGUGCUGAACAAGUUGUUGUCACCGGAAGCGCAAAAGGGAGUUGUUCUCCUGCACCGGUCAAGAUGCAAAAUGAACUCAAGGAGGUUGUUGUCACUGAAAGCGCAAAAGGAAGUCGUUCUCCUGCACCGGUAGCAGAGGCUGAAGAUAACAUGGACGAUGUUCAGAAAUUGUUAAUCAUGGUUCUGAAAAAGGGUGAUGAUCAUUUGGAUGUACAAUUAACUCAUUGUUCAAUGUGUACUAAUUUUCUCAUGUCUUGCAAGUGUAUAAGAGAGUUGUUGGUGGGUUUUAUUUGGCUCGACAUGAGUACUCUAAGUGUUUGGUGCUCGUACAUUCAUCGUUUAUGCAUUGAAAACAACACCACAAAUGUAUAUGGAAUUUUGGAACCAAGUUUUCUGAACAUUGUUGGUGAUGCUGGGAAAAAAAGUGAUCAGAGAAUAUCUCAAAGUAAAUGCAAGAAAUACAUCCAGCAUAAGUUAGAAAAUGAAAAGAAAGAGUGUCAAUUAUUACCAUUUAACCAUGGAGGACAUUGGCAGUUGAUAAUACUUUGUCCAAAGAUAAAUACCGUGGUUGUUAUUUGUUCACUACAUUGGAAACUUAAUCCAAUAAUGGAGAAAAUUGUUUCAAGUGUUUUUACGGUUGAUCAAAUGGCGAAUGGCAAUAGAAAGAACAAUACCGUAUGGCUUUAUCCACAAGCGAGGAAACAAUAUAAUUCAAAUGACUGUGGAUACUAUGUAAUGAAAAAUAUGUUGGACAUUGUCACUGCUAAGAUAACUGAUUCUUGGAUGGAGGUAUUUAAUGACCCAAAAGAGUUAACAGCUGAGGAGAUGUAUGAAUUGCGAUUACGUUGGUCAACAUAUUUUUUGUCGUUAUUGGAGGGUUAAGAUUUAUCUGGGUGAUGAGGAAUUUGAGGAAUUUGCUGUUUUGGACUUGCUGUUAUUAACCAAUUCUGCAGGGUGAUGAGGAAUUUGAGAUCCCACUGUUUUGGACUUGCUGUUUUGGACUGUCAUGGAAUUGGUAGUUUGAGUUGCUGUUUUGGAAUUGGAUAGAGCUAGUUUUGAUUUUUGUGUAUAUUAGGGGGCUGUAUGCUUGGAAUUAGAAUAGAUAUAAUUAGUGAUAAUGUUAAGUUUUGUGAUUUUAAUGUAUUGAAUGUGUAACUUGUUAGGAAUUGACAAUGAAUUGUGGAAAAUAAUAUUCGAAAUUAUGACAAUUUUCUUUUGCGUUAUU